UUGAAACUUCGACAGUCGAAGUUUGUCUGCGUAUUCAACCCGUUUAUACAUGAUGGAAGAUUCUACUAACAAGAUCUGCAGUCAGGUGUUGGACUCUAUGGAGUACACACCAGGCAUGUCCCUUGAUGAUAUGGUUACUAAUACCCCAUGCUUGGGCAACAUGAAAUGUACUGACGCCUUUGUUCGGUGUUUGGAGGCAGAAGGAAUUAAAUACAUUUUCGGUAUCCCUGGUGAGGAGAAUCUAGACUUCCUAGAGUCGAUUCGUGUGGCCGAAAAAGAGGGUCGGAUUAGGCUCAUUCUUACGAGACAUGAGCAAGCAGCCGGUUUUAUGGCUGCAACUGUUGGUCGGAUCACUGGUCAGCCCGGUGUCUGCCUAUCAACCCUUGGACCUGGAGCUACCAACUUCUCUACUGCUGUCGCUUAUGCUAAGCUUGGUGGUAUGCCUAUGUUGGUACUCACUGGGCAGAAGCCAAUCAGACAUUCAAAGCAAGGACAAUUCCAGAUCGUGGAUAUUGUGGACCAUUUCCGUCCUAUCACCAAAUCCACGAAGCAGGUUCCCGAUGCAGAUGCCAUCCCAUCACUUAUCCGAGAAUCUGUACGUGAAGCGCUGGAGGAGAAGCCAGGUCCGGUGCAUAUUGAGCUCCCCGAGGAUAUCGCCGAGCACAUUCUGGGUCCUAACGAGUAUCUAUUCCCCACUGGAGAUGUUCGACGACCCGUCCCUGAUGCCAAGGCGAUUGCUAAAGCCGUUGCUCUAAUCCACGCCGCCAAGCGCCCCCUCCUCUGUAUCGGUUCGGGAUGCAAUCGUAAGCGCACCAGUAAGAUGUUACGUAAGAUCAUUGACGAGACUGGUAUCUUCGCUGUGAGUACGCAGAUGGGCAAGGGAGUUGUCGAUGAGACUAGCCCUCACUUCCUCGGCGCUCUGGCCCUCUCCCAAAACGAUUGGGUCCAUACUGCUGUUGACUGGGCCGAUCUCAUUGUCAACAUUGGCCACGACUCGGUAGAAAAGCCACCGUUCUUGAUGAAGCAUAACCAGAAGCCAAUUGUUAUUCACGUUAACUUCUAUCCAGCUAUAGUGGAUGAUGUCUACUUCCCUCAUCUUGAGGUUGUGGGGGAUAUUGGUAAUGCCGUAUGGCAAAUAUCCGAGACUUUAAAGAGCAUGCCCAAGCCUCACUGGGAUUUUGCAGUUUUUGAGAAGAUACGCGAAGUGGCACAGAGAAGGAUGCAUCACUCUAUCUAUACCACUUCAGAUGCAUUUCCUAUGGACAUCCGUAGAGUUGUUAAAGAUGUACGUAACUGCAUGCCGGAGAACAGCGUCGUUUGCCUCGAUAACGGCAUGUAUAAGAUAUGGUUCGCCAGAUUAUAUGAGGCUCGGGAACCUAAUACUCUUCUCCUUGAUAAUGCACUGGCCAGCAUGGGAGCCGGGCUCCCUUCGGCUCUAGCGGCCAAAAUGGUCCGACCCGAUCAUAAGGUCGUUGCUGUCUCUGGAGAUGGUGGUUUUAUGAUGAAUUCCCAAGAGUUGGAGACUGCUGUCACACUUGGUCUCGACGUCAUCCAGAUCGUGCUCAACGAUAAUGCUUAUGGUAUGAUCGAAUGGAAACAGAGUGCCUCUGGAAUGCCUAAAUGGGGUCUACAGUUGAAUAAUGUCGACUUUGUCAAAUACGCCGAGGCAUAUGGUGCUAAGGGGUAUCGUGUCACCAAGGCUGAUGAGCUCACCGAAAUCCUCAGCAAGUGUCUCAACGAGCAUGGUGUCCAUCUCAUCGAAGUUCCUGUGAACUACGAGGCCAGUAAUCGUACUCUCAACGUUGACGUCCCUGACCAUGUUAAGGAGCUGAGGGAGAUUCUCAAGAAGGAGUUCAAGUAUUAAGUGCUAGCCGUUCUGUGGUGAUUCAGAGUGAUAAAGGCCUGAUAAUGGGCAAAUAGAAUUUUUUUGUCUACCCUUCUAUACUACUAUUCUCACCACUGCUAUUACCACUACUGCCACUAUCACUACCGAAAACUGCAGUCGUUAACAACAUGCCAGCAAUUAUAAUUGGAGCACCAGUCUUACGCGUCAUAUAUAUCGGUUGUCAAAUACAAUAGGAUUUAUUGGCAACAGGACUUGUGCAAGAGCGUCCAGCACUUUCAUUACUUCUGACCUCCUCAUUACCGGUAUUAGGCUAUGGCGAUACUAUUAAGCGUAAAGCAUUGAUGUUUGCUGCACACUCGACUAGGUCUACGUCCUGAAUCGGAUAGUAACUUCUCCUCCGGUUGGCGGGCCCUGGUUGUACCCUACAGC